GGAAAAAGGGUAACACUGAAAUAAUGACCGAAACAGCAAACAGUGACAUAUUUGUAUGUCAUAUAGAAGAAUUACAUACAUUGAGAAGUCAGAUUGAAAAUAAACACCUGAAGAAAGGGAUAAAAACCACUGCAGUAACAAGAAUACACAUGGAUGAAAUAGAAGAUGCUGAAUUUGAUAAUUUAGGGAGAAUUACUAAAGCACGAAAAAUCAGAAAUGUGAAUAUACAAAGUUGGGGAACAACUAUAUAUCAAAAUGAGGACAUUUUGUUUAA